GAAUCUCAGUUCAUCAGUCCAUCGAGUCGACGCGAUAGCACUCCGUUAUUGGACAAGUUCCGACUACGGUCGUCCAAUCGGAACACUGCCAACAGCCCAGCUGAGACGGAUAAUCUGGGUUUGACCAGUCUGUUGGGGUUGAGUGUUCUAGCUGGGGCUGGAGCAGGGCUUUUGCGCUCGGUCUCCACAACCGGCCCCGGUGGGGCUGGGUUGUGGACCAUGGGGGAUCAACUUGAGUUGGAUGGAAAUGGAGAUCAGCUGCUCGAUCGUGUCAAUCACGGGCGGAACGCAUUCCGGGCAUCGAACACACCCGAACUACCGAUUCAACGUUAUUUGGCCAACCAGGUUGGUGACCAAGUAUUUUGUGGUGUUUUGCAAAGAAAGUUUCGUAUCUUGGGUAUCUGUGUUGGUUUACUUCAAUAA